AAAAAGUAAAAAAGAAGAGACUGAUAUCGCGAAGGUGGCGCGACGAAAUGGCAGGGCGCGUCGGCGGACGGAACCACGUGCGAGCGAUCGGUGCUGAAGCGAGCGACACGAUGUCUCUGCGAUUCUCGGCGACGCGGUGUUGAAAACUACCUGGCCAGGUGUGUGGAAACGGUGGUGCGCACGGAGCAUGUGAGACAAUGCGGUGGUGUGGCGGUCCUUGCGAUCUCCUGCGACGCAAGUUUUUCGUCCUACUCGUCCUCAUCGGCUGCAGCGAUGGCUAUCUCAAUAUAUUCAUCAGCCAGUCGCAGGUCAUGAAACUGUUGGGACUCGAGGCCGAGUUGUACUACGUGCGGGAGGGGGUGGUCAACACGUACGCGAUGAAUUUCGUCGUGCCUGUGCCGGCGAACAUAGCGGACCUAGAAUUUUCAUGGCAAAGCCUCGUAGGACACCCGUUAUCGUAUUCCAUGGAGCUGGAUUACGACGUGGUGGGCGUUCCGGGUGGACCGUCCUCUGGCAUAAUGGCGCUGCUACCGCCGAGAGUGAACGUGUCCGCCAGAGGUGAGGUCCCCGUCACCCUGCAAGUCUUCAGGAUCAGAUUGCCGUGCUCGGGCGUCUCGAGCGCCGAAAUUCCUUUGGCGCUGAGAUUGAACGUCACCGCGCCUCUCGGCGCCAAGUACAACGACACGAUCCUGGUCUUCAAGAGGAACAAGAUCUGCUUGAAAGGUGUCGAGACGCCUCCCAGCAACGACUCGGUGCGCUUGGAGCCCGGCCCCCUCGUGAACGGCGCCGGUGCGCUUUACGUCGCAGCUACCUGUGCGUGCGCCUUAAUCCUGGUCGUCGGCAGCGUCGCCAGUGCGUUAUACAUUCGUAACAGCAAGGCUCGCGUUCAAGAAUCGCAGAAAACUCUACCCUGCUGCAGUUACUCCGCGGCCGAGACCGGCGGCCUAGCCAGGAGUUCCGUUUUAGUUAAAGUCGACCCACGGCCCGGAAGCGCGAAUUCCGGAAGUUACGCCACCAUCGCCGACCUCGAGCCGCUGUACGCGAGACCGUGCGGCUCCAGAGCGAGUUACUAUGCGGCGAGUCACGUGACGCAUCUGAGCCAGUCGACCGAUCCGUGUGAAAAGGCCAGAGCGCUCGCUGUGUCGAGAUCAGCGUUGUAUUGUCGUACUCUCGUGCGGGAGGGUACAUUUGGUCGCAUAUACAAAGGAACUUUGGAGAUAGCCGGACGAGAACAGGAAGUCAUCCUAAAGACAGUUACAGAAGUGGCGUCCGCCUAUCAAGCCUCUCUUUUAGUUGUGGAGGGUUCGCAACUAGCUGGAUUAGUUCACACAAACAUUGCCUCUUUGGCGGCCGCUUGUCUGGACAGUUCAUGCCCUUUACUGGCUUACACAUGCACGCCCGGUGAGCUGAACCUGAAAGUCUAUCUUACCGAUGGAAACCAUCAUCCGGUGACUAGAGACCUGGUACACGUUGGUGCACAGACUGCUAGAGCUGGAGCGUUUCUCCACGGACGAGGACUGUUGCACAGGGAUAUCGCUGCCAGGAAUUGCCUGAUCGAACCAAGCAGUCUUCGCGUGAGAUUGGCUGACGCCGCCCUGGCUCGGGACCUGUUCCCUCAGGAUUACCAUUGUCUCGGCGAUAACGAGAACCGACCCAUACGUUGGAUGGCCUUAGAGAGUCUCCAGCGUAACGAGUACAGCACGGCGACCGACGUGUGGGCCUUCGGAGUAUUCCUGUGGGAACUGGCGACACUUGGUCAGCAGCCGUACGUGGAGGUGGACCCGUUCGAGAUGAUGGCGUGUCUCCGGGACGGAUAUCGGCUUGCUCAGCCGAGACCUUGUCCCGAUGAGCUGUUCGCCUGUAUGGAAGCCUGCUGGAUCGGUCUCUCUAGGGAUCGGCCAACCAUGCCGCAGUUACUCGCCUAUUUGCAAGACUUCCACGAUGCCCUGGGCGGAUUCAUCUAACUGAUCCAUCGGCGAGCUGAAUGCGACGCGGCCUCGCAUCGUUCGACGGAACGACUGCUGGCGAUACAUUGGCCUCGGAUUUAUCGAUUGCGUACGGCCGGCUAAAUUCGUUCGGACUCGCAUCGUGUUGCGAGUCGUCGAAUAACUACGGCGAAGGGCUAUCGCGGUUCGAAGAACCCACUCCGCCGAAAUAUACGUCCACUAAGUUCGCAAUCAAAUCGAAGGUCCGAAGGGAGAAUAGAAUCAAACUCGCAUGGAAUUGAACGUCGCUGCCCAUUUGCGAUACACUGCCAUUAGCGAUAAGAACACGUGGUUGCAGGUAUGUGACGCGUGCCGAUAAUCCAGUUCACCAAUUGAUCGUGAAUCAAAAUAGAGCAUCGUCUUCUAACGUGAAAAAAACGACUGAAAAAUCGAUACGGACAUAUCCGUCCAUAGCAAUUAGAGCGCACGCUUGCGACGUGCACAAACUUUGUGUGUCUCGCAUUCACGCGAAACGCGAUUCCGAAAAUUCAUUCCGAAUAUUCCGAAAAAUCAUGUUGAAGACAUGAUUUUUCAUGAAAUGCAGAUUGCUAAAACAGUAUU